AUGUCAACAUAUCUCAUCACUGGCGCUUCACGCGGCCUGGGACUGGCCUUGGUCUACCAGCUCGCUCGCCUUGACGUAUCUGAAGUGAAAAUGGUCUUUGCUACAUUGCGUGGCCAGGAAUCAGCCAGCUUGAGAGAAAUAGCUAAGGCAUCACCCGGGCGCAUAAUACCCAUCCGAAUGGACCCAAGCAACCCAGAUAGCAUCCAGAAGGCCGUGGAGACAGUGAAAAGUCGACUCGAUGGCCAGGGCUUAGACUUUUUAAUAAACAAUGUGGGAGUCUCACCACUUGUGCAGGGCGGAAUUUCCAACAUGCAAGGCUCUUCUUCCGCUUCUCCAAGUGGGAGAACGAAAAGUGGUCGUGAAUAUAUAAGAUACAACACUAUUGGCAGGACGCAAACUAAGCAAGCUUAUAGUUCGACAACUCUCGGAUCUAUUGCCAGAUCAAAGGUCUACGAGCUGAAUCCUUGUCCUGCGUACAAGAUAACCAAGGCUGCCUUGAACAUGAUGACUGUUCAAUACGCUCAAGGAUAUGCCAAAGACGGUUUUACUUUCUUCGUCCUUACCCCAGGAUGGUUGAAAACCGACUUGGGAGGACCAGCAGCAGAUCUCCCUGUCGAGACCGGAGCAGAGGCCGUGAUCAAAAUAGUGAAGAGUGCCAACCAGGAGCAGAACGGACGCUUCCUCAACAUCCAUGUUCCAGGAUGGGAGAAUAAUAAAUCAGUAUAUAAUCAGUACGAUGGGAAGGAGGUUCCAUGGUGA